UCCUACCACGACGUCGACGACUUCGCACUCGUGCCCACCGACGUCAUCCCACGCGAUCCAGCCGACUGCACGAUCGAGCUUAAGGUCUCGUUCGACACGAUGGCCGAUGGCACGAACCACGCCAUGUUCAAUGGCACCACGUACAACUCGCCGCUCGUGCCCGCGAUCAUGUCCAAGAUGAGCCUCGGCCAGAACGCGAGCAUCGCGGGUGCAUACGGCCCGACGAGCUUCGUGCUCGACCACCUGACGACAUUCGACAUCGUGCUCAAGAACGGCGACGCCGGUAAGCAACCUUUGUGCGUGCUCCUCCGUUUUGAAUCCUUGUGCAUUCUGGUGCGCGAGACGUGA